CAGCCGAGCAGUUCGCCCAGGAAUUGAGGCCUUGUAUAAGAAUAGCACCUGGCGCUGCUACACAGGAUUAGAGAUUCUUCUUAAUAUCUUUCUACCCCAGGUUGACUCCAUCCAAACGAUUGCUCUAACUAGAACGAACCCUUGUCCUCCUCACUGCGCUCCAUCGCGACCUUGAUUGCGGGGUAUACCUCAAUCCUUCUAGGCUGAAGUUGGAAGAUUACCUAGGGUAGCCUGCCGCCGCUUUACUUAAGAGCUAUGGGUUCCCCCGUUUCCCGUUCAAAGGACCCCUCAGUCCCCGAGAAGUUGGAACGUUUUUCGCACUCAUGGAAACGAUAUUCCAGCAUGCUACGAAUCGUCUCAUCCACCCUGUUGCGACAGCCCUCACAGCUGGCAGAUGGCCACCUGCAUACGGUUUGGUUGCUCGACAAUACAGCUUAUCGGCACCCGGCUUCGCAUGUAUCUGGUGAACCUCACUCAUGGCGAGUAGAGGUUGUGGCUUGUGUAUUUCGAAAGGAUAGCCGACGAGACAUUAGCAAGUUUGUCGCCGUGAUUGCAGACCUCGCUGGACUCGACGGGGAGUUGGGCACGGAGAAGGAAAUACGACGUCGAAUUGCGCGGCGCUUGCAACCUUUCCUGUACCAUAUAGUGCCAGAGCAUUAUAUGAUGCUUGAAAUACCCCUACCUAACCACACCACCCAAAUCCAUAAAAUCGGACCAACAGAAGAAAACGGCAUCGUAUCGCAAGUCAUUAAUACCGGUGUCCGCCAAGUCGCCGACGGAGCCCGAGUACGUUCUCAUGUCCGUGGAGUGAGAGAAAAGGCAUAUAUGGAAACAGCCUUUGCCGGUCCUGAAGGCUGGCUGGUCGUAUCCGACGUUGACGAUACUAUCAAAUAUACCAAGACCUCAGACACCACUGGAAUACUCCGCACAACGUUUGCCGAAGAACCAAGACCAAUCACUGGAAUGCCCCAACUGUAUUCUCGUCUCGAGAGGCAUUUUGAGCCGACAUGGUUUUACCUUUCUGCUUCACCUUACAAUCUCUAUCCUUUCCUCCGUGGUUUCCUCCGUGACCAUUUCAGCCCCGGAACACUCAUCCUUCGGGAUUCUUCCUGGCUCGACAUUAGUGAACUAGUCAAAUCGUUCACCGUCAACACACUGGAAUACAAGGUAGACCGCAUCAGAAAGAUCCGGCGAUGGUUUCCGCAUCGGCGAGCUCUCUGUAUUGGAGACUCCACCCAAACCGAUCCCGAGGCAUAUGCGGAGAUCUAUAGACGACAUCCUGAGUGGGUCCAUGCCAUUCUCAUCAGAAAAGUCAUGGAUGUGCCCCAUAUGGAAGAGCAAAACUCGCCGGCGAGAUUCGCAGAAGCUUUCAAGGGUGUUCCAAAACACAUCUGGAGGGUUUUCGAACAACCCAGAGAGUUAUAUAGCGUGCUUGACGAGAUCAGAGCGAGAGAAAAUGCCAGCUUCUCUCCUUAGACAUCAGAUACCCAUGUCUUGGUCGUCAAUACUCAUUUUGAUUUGUCUUUGUCAGUCAUGACUCGGGUGUUGAUCAAAACUGAUGUCGAAGUCUGUUACGUCAACGCAACGUUUCAAGACAGUGGCGAACCCAACACAACUUUAUAUCGGCUGUUCCCGA